AUGGCUGACGAAGGCAAGGACGAAACUUGCGAUCAGACCAGGCAAAAUCCACGGCAAGUAAGUUUGUAUUACGUUGCUUUAUUUUGUUGAAGAAAAAUAUUUUCUCUAAGAAGACACUACUACAGUGUAAACGAAGAGAUUACUAUUUUGGAGCUUUAUAUCCAUAUUUUAUACGCUGUGGCUAUAUGGCCGGUAACCGGGUCAAGGUUUUCAAAACACCAAAUGGCCGGCAGUUCUAUAUUCUCAGUAAAUUUCACAAAAUCGAAAGAUUCUAGCUAAUCUAAACUAUCAUAUGUCGAUUAAGACAAGUCAAGCGAUCCUGAAAUGCUUUAUAGAUCUCAAGUCUUGUGUUUGGUUUACGCUGGGCUCAGAAGACGAAACCGUGUUUUGUGACACUUGCAACUUUUUUCAGCUAGACUGCCGGUCAAGGUUUUCAAAACACUAAAUGGCCGGCAGUCCUAUACAAAGUAAAAGGCAAACGAACUUUAUGCCCUACAUAAUAAAUGAAACUGGUCUAAAAGAAAACAAAUAUAUUAUUGAUAUUCACUGCACGUUUGAUAUUUUAGUGGCACGAAAAUAACUCAACAUUUUCAGGCCGGGUCUUCGAAACUGUGUCGAGAACUGAUAGAAGCUUGAACAAUUGAUGAUUUAAAUCUUCUCUAUGAGGUUUAUCUCGGUUUUUCAUUUUUAUCCACUCUCGUUUUAUUUUCCGACGACAGUUUGAUGUGUGAGAUUGAUGACCUUAAGUCUGUUCCUUCACGUGUGCGUAAUCUUAUAGUCGAUUCUAAUGGAAAUAAGAGAGAACAAUGGUCGUGACUAGAAUGGAUACUCCAAAAUCAGGUAUCCGCUCGGAGACUGGAACUGAAUAAAAUUAUUUUUCGGCAAAUCACUCCGACUCUUCACGACCUUGUUGUGUUGAAAGAGAUAAGUAUACAAAGACUGAAAAAGGCCAAGAUGCGAAUGGUUUCUCCAAAAUAUGGAUCAAAGCCUACAUAGAGGUUAGUUGUUUUUCACGUUCUUUUUGUAAGAAUUUAGUGCAAGGAGCAAACAAUGUCUGUUUAAUUACAGUACCGCGACUGCAUUGUAAAGCUUAUUCAUAGCAAAGUAUCUGUUUGGAUAGCUCAGAAUAAGGUGGAUACUUCAGAAUAAGAAUGGCCAAAAGAUGAAAGUUUUGGCCAUCUGGAUUAUUAUUACUGAACUUCCCAAUAUAAACACGAUUGUUACGUUUACAAAGAGGGUACAAAUACAGUUAAAGUCAGUUAACCAUCUUAUAAUUUUAUGGGUUAGUUGAGGGUCGUGAAGGGGGGUACCAAAUCCCAGUUUCCAGACUAAUUUUUGCCAAAAUCCCAGUUACCAAAUCUAAAAUCCCAUUACUAAUGAUUAUUUGCAAAAUCAUGCGCAUAAUAAAUUAAAAGCACUGAUUGACGCUAUUUGGAUACACGUACCUUAACCUGGACUGAAGAAAAUCUCUCAUUCUGCUGUUGAACACUCUUUCUCUUCCAGCCCUUGUUGACAUAACCAUAUGAAAACCAAUUCUAUCAUCUGCACAAUCCUCGUCUGACUCACUGUCUCCGCUUUCACUGCUAGCUGGUAGCUAGACCGCGGGUGCGAAGGCGAAAAAUACUGAUUUCACGGUCUCUACUGAGGAGUGCAAGGUCUAUUGCUACGAAAUAUUGGAGCAAAGACCGCUGAAGAAAAGAAAUCCCAUUCCCAUUUUAUAAUUGUUCAUCCCAUUCCCAGUGGCUAAAUCCCAGUCCCAGUGAGUAAAUCCCAUUUUCCCAGUCCACAAUAAGGCUAAUCCCAGUUCCCAUUUUACCCCUUCACGACCCUCUUAGUUGAUUCCAAGCGUUAACAAUAGUAAAAAACACAUAAUUUACUUCAGGUCAUACUUCUUGUAGCUUGGUGAUCACUAUUACAAGCGCAGGCAGGCAUAUGCUCAAGUUUCUAAGAAAAAAAAACAGUCCUGCAGAUUGUAUUAGUGUAGUGUCUCUUUAUAUGCUCUGAUAUAGGCCCUGGAGCCUACAGUGGCAGAUCUGAACCUUCAGAUAAGAGGGGUGGGGGGAGGUUUCUCACCAGACCUUAAGGUGACGGGUAGGAACCACUCAUCCAGACCUUAAGGUAUGGAGGAGCUCAAUCCAGAAAAUAAUUUUCUUGGCACUGUUGUCCUCGGUUUGAUCUAGAAAUAUGGAGGGCAGGGGACCUCCCCUAGAUCUACUGCUGGGCUCUGCCAGCCCGCCCAUGUUCACCGGCUAUCUUUUUACAUUUACUAGAAACUCUAGUAUCAAUCCAAGUUAUUUAUCUUAAAUAUUAGGAUUUUUGCACAGUUAUUUAUAGUUACUUUUUUGCACUUGGUUUUUGUUUUGUUUUAUUGUUUUGUUUUAUUCAAAUCCCACGAGCCUCAUUGUCACCCAAACUCUCUGCCUUCCAUACCCUAUCCCACACUGAACUGUCUGACAACAGUCCUCAGCCAAGUGGUACCAUCAUGAUGUUGAAAAGUGUGGAAAUAGAUCCUGUCUAUCCUGGGAUGAAUUCUUUUUCUUUUUCUUCCCCCUUACUCCACUCAAGGGGGAGGUGUUUUCCUUCCCCUCCCUGUGACCUAAUAUUUCCUUGAUUGCCUUCUGAGCUCCUGAUGAGACAAGACCUUCAGCUUUAAGCUAAUUAUGGGCUACUUUCUGUUUUUCACUUAGUAUGGUGAGCUUAUCAUAAAUUUAAAAUGGAAUAAAAAUGAUCAUGCGGGCAUAUCCAUGUUGCAGCUGUAACAGGAGGAGGAGUUGGAGGUCUGGGUGGUGUUGCAGACAAAUGCUUGUGAGCCGAACAGAGAAACCAGUUGGAGAAAGAAAUGAAGAAAAUUGGAGAAGGCCAAGCAGUUGGCUGCUCAGUUGCAUGUCUGGGUAGCUUGACCAUUUGGUUAAUGAAAUUCUCAAAACCACAAACAAACCACUCUAAGAAUUUGAUAAAAUGUGUAAAAUAAAUUGUUUAUUACUUUUAUAAAAAUAAAGUCGUUCAAAUGUUUACAAUUCUACAACCAUUUUUUCAUUUCUUCCUUUUCCCAUAAUUCUUUCCUCUCUUUUACUUUCCUCUUACUCUUUCUCCACUUCCACAAUGUGCUUUUAUGUACCCUCUAUACCUGGGUUGGAAAGUCACCUGAAAAUUUGAAAUUAGCCAUGCAUUAAAUAAAGCUUCCAUUAUAAUCAGUCUUUCUGGAAAUAAAGCUACUACUUUGGCGGUAAUUCUCAAAAGCACUGUGUCCCACGAUACAGUGCCUUGAUUCAGCAAAUAAGCCUUAACCCUUUUGUUUUAGAUGAGAGUUUUCAACAGUUAUUAUGAAAAGAUGUUAAAAUUAAAGAUUUUUUUUUUUGGUAGCAGAGAAAAGCCCCCAGUUCAGUGCAUUACAAAUAAUUAUCACCUACAAAGUUGCCUAUCAUCUGAAUUAAAAAGGAACAACCAAAUCGUUUCGUUGUGGUACCUGCCUAAUAUCAAAAUAAAUAACUAAGAUACUGAUAAAUGAAUAAUAAUUAUUGAAGUAGAGUGUCCAGGCCAUUUUAGCUUAACAAAACAAAAAGCACAAGGUAAGUCAUUCUUAUUUCUAUUUUUGUCAAAAAAUGGAAUUUAGGACACAUUUUGUUUAUUGUCAUACAUUCUCUUAUAAAUUCAAAGUCCAACAAACUGGGCUUCCUUUGGAUGGGGCAACAUUUCAUGACAGGAUGGACUAUAAUGGGGCUACCUUUUCAACACCUUCAAUGUGACUGGAAAUUACAAAGGUUCACACAGCAGAUUCAGGAAUACAAAAUGACUAACUUGGAAUCACAUAGUUUACAUUUGCCAAAAGUAGCCAACAUUGGGCCUUUUGGUCAUAGAAAAGACUACAAAAGGAUUUGGGUUCUGGUUGGCUAAUUGUGCCAGAUACCCAGCACACCAAAAGGCUGACCCAUGUAUCCCACAGGUUGUGAGGGUCACUUUGGUUUUUAUAAUCUCAUAAAGUAUCCAUUAUUGUCACACUAAACUAAACAGCAACUUACUACUGAAAAAAAAAUCAACCAUAAUAUAUAAGAAAACAGAAAUAGUUUAUGUUGAGCCAUAAAUGGAACAACUGUCUGCUAUCCUUGGGGGGGGGGGGGUACUCCCUUAUAUGGCCUACAUGGGGAUGUGCCAGUGGGCAGGGUAUGGUUUUCGUCCUCUCUGUCCUAAACAGGGUAUAUAGUUUGGCACAAGUCUGUCUUAAACAGGGUAUACAAUUUCGUGCAAGUCUGUCCUAAACAGUGUGCAUGAUUUGUGCGAGUCGGUUCUAAUUAUAAACAGGCUGUUUCAUGCAUGAUCGAUUUCGUCUUAGUGCAAACGUUCACAGAUAUUUAGUACCUUAUCACCCAAAGCAUUUACUGGAAUAAAUAUAAAUGCUAUUGUUCUUGGCACCUUUGUCUAGCUAAGAUAAGUACAAGUUGACAGGUGUGCUUGAUAACCUUGUCCCCGUCUGAGGGAGUUGUUGUCCUAUCAGGGUACUAAAGUUGAGGGUGUUAUCCUAAGCAGGGUAUGGGUUUCAAACCCUCAGCGGCUCACCUAUACCCAAGUAUUGGUCGAGUACCCCCACCCCCGCCCCCCGGCCUGCUAUCCUAAGCAAGCUUCGAAUUAACUGAGCCAUAAUUAAACAAUAAUUGACUGUAUUUGUACCCUUUUUGUAAACGCAACAAUCGUGUUUAUUUUGGGAAGUUCAGUAAUAAUAAUCCAGAUGGCCAAAACUUUCAUCUUUUGGCCAUUCUUAUUCUGAAGUAUCCACCUUAUUCUGAGCUAUCCAAACAGAUACUUUGCUAUGAAUAAGCUUUACAAUGCAGUGGCGGUACUGUAAUUAAACAGACAUUGUUUGCUGCUUGCACUAAAUUCUUACAAAAAGAACGUGAAAAACAACUAACCUCUAUGUAGGCUUUGAUCCAUAUUUUGGAGAAACCAUUCGCAUCUUGGCCUUUUUCAGUCUUUGUAUACUUAUCUCUUUGAACACAACAAGGUCGUGAAGAGUCGGAGUGAUUUGCCGAAAAAUAAUUUUAUUCAAUUCCAGUCUCCGAGCGGAUACCUGAUUUUGGAGUAUCCAUUCUAGUCACGACCAGAGAACAAUAGACCUUGUCACGGUUUUCGACGCCAUCUUGAGGAGUAGGCAAACCCGUGAGAAAUUACGGUGUUUAUAUGAGAAUCUAAUGUCGAAUAAUUUCCGUAAAACGGCUGUUCUGAAAAAAAAACAUCAAUUGUAAAAUAAAGCUACAAAGCAAAGGAUUGUCCUAAAAAAAUUUGGGGGCGUACCUGCGCUUAAAUUUCUCCAGAGGCUUGCUUUAGAUUUUCCAUAUAUUUGUCUGUAUUUUCCCCGGGACUUUCUUACAGACAAAUGUAUAGAAAAUUUUAAAAAAUGGUUGUAGGUCUUCUAGUGCAUGUAACGCCCUCAAUUUUUUUCAGGAGAGCCUUAGGAGUGAAGCUUUAAUUUACAAAUCAUAUUUUUUUCAGAACAGCCGUUCUACGGAAAUUAUUCGACAUUAGAUUCUCAUACAAACACUUUAAUUUCUCACGCGUUUGCCUACUUGUCAAGAUGGCGUCGAAAACCGUGACAGGGUCAAUAGAUUCAACACAGUUAAGUUAGACGUUUCAAAAGAGCUUUACACCUAUCUCAUCAUUUUUUAGGUCGUCGUUUUCUAGACACGUUUUAUCCAAAACCAGAUUCAUUUCCAAAUUAAAGUUGUAAAAUUCUAUUUUGUUGACUUCCCGACAACAGGUCUGUGGCUAUUAAACCUAUUGUAUCAUCGCCGAAACUGAAGCACACCGUAUAAUGCAUGGUGACCAGCUAGUCAGAUAAACAAUUUCAGUUGUACGUACCACGUUUUUUUCAUUUGGCAGCAUUCAUUAAUCGUGGCUUUAUGAAGCCCCGAACCCUUAAGAAAAUGCAAAAUAUUUUUCACGCCUAGCCGUGCUGAAAAACUUUGGAACAAGUUUAGAUUUGUUUUGACUUUGCAACCUCUUUAGGAUAUGUUUUUUUAUCUCAGUACUUAGUACUAAGCUCCUUCAAGCAAGCAAUUAUCAAAGCCAGUUCCUUCACAUGAAAAUGAAUAUAAUAUAGCAGUUGAACCCAAAACAAAAUGCUACUUUCAUUUUCUUUCAAAACUCAUAUAUAUAGGAUUAUAUCUUUCUCUUUAAUUUUUCAGGGGUUAAACCGUGAAUAACUUGCUGUAUACAGGGCGUUUUUCAGAUAGUUAUUCACGUGGUCCAAAGACACCCCAAUCAUAAGAGCAAGAAACGCAGCACUGGGAGAAGGAAAAAAUUAUAGUAGGCCAGUUUUUGUUUGUCUUGUCCCAAUGCGUACCUUGCUCUCCAGUGCGUAUAAGGUUUUGGAUCACGUGAAUGUCUAGCCGCCAAGGGUCCGACUGGUUCGUAGUAGCCAUUAUUUAUUUCACUCAUCCAAUAUUGUAGUCUAGUCUAUUUAGGGGUAGUCCUUGAUAUGGCAUACGGACCCGAUCGGCUUGACCGUGGAAGAUAAGGUCAGCGAUUUACGCUCUUCUGGUGUGUGAAAUGGCAUUACUGUCGAGAGUGUAAAUACCUAGUCUCCCGCGCAGCGCCCUUUUUUCAGUGGAGUCGUAGUAUAUGUACUGGUCAAUGGUACAACAGCAGAAUUAAAAACAGACAAUUAGCAACUUCGCGAAAAAACUCAGAUCAAAUCUCCCACUCGUAGUCGUCCUCGUCCUCGAAUCUAAAGGUCUAUAGGUUUGUAAUCAAACUCAGAGCCCCCGUCAGAGGAUUCAUGGUAAUUUUCUUCAGUUUCAAGGAUCCAAACAUUGAUUUUUAAGCAUUAGACAGCAGGUUUUUCAUGAAAACAGCGUCUGGAUGAACGUUCAUUUCUGUGCUUUUUUUUUUUUAAGCUGAGGCUGGGCAACGUACUCAAGUGCUCAACUCUUAGUAAAUUUGCUCCUUAAAUUUCAUUGGCUAUUUAACUUUGUCCGAUCUGAUCCCAUCUUAUUCCCCAGAGUUGUUACUUUUAAGAAAGGUACUAAACUCACUCAUGGUUGCGUAUUUUAUUUCCCGGCUAGUUUCAAGAGCGAAAGUGUGGCUUCUUGUUGGGGAUAAAUAUUUGCGAUUUUCAGGAGGUCGUGCCCUCGACACACUAGUAAAACAACACGCAGAGAUGUCACUGUUUGUAAAACACGUUACCAAUAAACAACAUGUCCCUGUUUUUCUCUGACGCUACGGUAGACAUUGCCAGGCCUAGUCCCUGUACGGCGUCUUCCCACGCAAUCUCGGUCAAGGCAUUUCGUUGGCGAACUCGCUGGGACCACGUGACCCGAAACGUAAUAGCCGCGCGAAAUAACUGAGGGAGCUUUAGCAUCGACGACAGCAACGACAGCGACAACGUCAUUUUUCAAAUGAAUUCCCAUUUUUUUCAAUCUUUGUCGGGUUUAUUCCAAUUUGCUGAAAAUGGCAAGUGUAGGCGAAUUUCCCUGGAGUUGAUUUCUUGAGGACCGCACUCAAGUUUAGAGAGAGAAAAAGAGAUUCGUCGUCGCUUGUUUAUAAAAUAAAACUUGCAAUUAGGCAUUUUCACGUCGUAGUCGUGCAAGGACGGUAAAGAAAUGUAUAAAAGAGCGUUAUGCACGUGCAAAGUUGUUGUUUUGCGUAAUAAACCUAUUGCUUUUUUGACGUCCUGAUUGCCGUCGCCGUCGUCCUUGCUAAAGCUCCCUAAUGAGGCCUACGGACAAGGCAACCGCUGAGAGUGGUUCCGUACAGUCCUUCGCUAUCAUUAAAAACACUGGACACGGGAAUUUUGUUAUUGGCCGUUUUCAUACUAGAGCUAGAAAUGGAUUAUCGGUCUGAGACUAGCCUGUGUACAGUCGCCCCCUUCCCGACAGACACCCCUUCUCCGACUUUUUCUGAGGGGAAGGGGCGGCUGUACACAGAAACGGAUAAUCCCGUCUUCAAACAGUGUCCGUCGAAAUUGACGAAUAAAAUCAGGCGGAUUGUUCAUUCAAAAUUAAAACUAUUCCAUUUUCAAAUUAAGACGUAUUACCUAUCUGACGCGAAUCAUCAAACGGAUAACCCAUCUCACACGAAUAAUCCGUCUCUAGUGUGAAAACGGCCAUUUCUGUUGUAAUGAAUGUCGCGCCCCGGCCUUGAGUUGGGCGUGUGUGCUUUGCUUUUUCACAAAGAUUAUUUUUAAAUUGACUAUUGACAUUUCUAUGUGUAAAAUAGUAUUAGAAGUGGAAUACUUUAUAAAAAGUAUGAUCUAUCAAAUGUUAAAGUUUUUCAAAAGAAUAGCUUAUUUCAUCCCGAGAUGAUCUUAGACUUUCAUUUUGCUUUAAAGAUACAAAAAAUACAGGUUAAUUAAUAUUUAACUUUUUGAAACAAAAGAAGUUAAUUUUUAACUUUUUUGUUAACCGUAACUGAAAAAAAUUAACCGAUAGCCGUAAAAAUAACUUUUAAAGUCCUUUUAUUGGUAUACAAGGCCCUUCAUGGCCUUGCACCUUCUUAUAUUUCUGACCUUUUGAAUUUUAAAACAUACUCUAGGUCAUUGCGUUCUUCCUGUAAAGAAUACUUAGUGGUUCCAAGAAGCAGAUUGAAAACAUAUGGAGACAGAGCUUUCUCUAUUGCAGGACCUAAAUUGUGGAACGAUUUACCUCUAGAGAUUAGGAAAUGUGCUUCAGUGGCAACUUUUAAGCAAUCCCUUAAAACUUUUUUAUUUAAGUUAGCAUAUAGGUUAUGAGAUUCCUUUUGUUUUGAGAUGUUUUUGAUUUAUAUAGUAGAUAACUUAGGCUAUAUUUGAAUUAUAUUGUAUAUUGUAGAUAUUUUUAUAUUUUAUAUUUUUUAUAUUUUAUUUUGCAAUUAGGUAGCGCUUUGGACAAUUAUUGGAUUUUAGCGCUAUAUAAAUAAAAUUAUUAUUAUUAUUUAUUAUUAUUAAAAAGCCAAAAUUUUAGCCGAUAAAAAUUGCGUUAUAAGGCUAAAAAGGUGUUUUUUAUUCAAGAACCAUAAAAACCCAUCGAUAAAUUUUAAUCAUAGGAGAAACUUUGGAAGAUGUGUCUCUCUAAAAGCAUUGUCUAUUUUGGAGAAUACGUCGUUUAUUAUAUUGGUGAGUGAGAUCGAAACUUUAUAAUUUUCAGUGAAAAGUAGGGCAAAAUGGCGUCUCUUAUAAUUAUCUCCGCCACAUUUCGUUCACAAAGAUUUCAUUAUUUUUUAGCUUUAUGCAGAAAGUAUGUACUCGCUGUAAUGCACAUUUAGUGCACAGCAAUCGUGUAGAAAAUCAAGUUGCUAUAUUAUUAUACGAGUUUAGAGAAACUGUACCAGUAAAUGUAGCUUUAGGCCAGUUUUUUUUUAAAAGGUGCAGGGUCACCAACAUCGUACUCAUGGCCAGAUGCUGACCAAAAUAACAAAAUGAGAAAUGAAUACAUGCCAAAAAUUCAAAACAAUAGAAAAUUACAAAUGUGAGGAUUGCCUUCUCCAGGUCACCUACACCCAACACAGAAUAACUUUAACAAACUUACGAUUAAGCAAUCACAAACUCGCCUUAGAAACGGACCGAUACCUAAGACCUUAUAAAAAAAACCUGAAUCGAAUAAAGAAUGUGUCCAAAUUUGUAAACUUGACAUGGAGGACGAAUAUCACUGAACUGUAUAUGCCCCUCCUACCAGGAAAAACAAACGUUCUAUUCGAUAACUUGAAAAAUGGUCAUCUAAUUAGAGUGAACAAAAUGUCACCCAAUGAAAUAUUCAUGUUAUUUUUAAUAAAUAUCUCUAGCGAGAAUUCUGAAACCCCCAAAAUAAUAGCAAGGCAUGUGUUCGAAUGCUUCAAAAUAAGAAACGAGAAGGAAGACAAAGAGUAGUGUAAAAUAUGUGUCCGUGUGUAUGUAAUUAUCUUCUUUUUGCAAUAACUUGUUGUGUAAAGUGUACUAAAUAGCUUAGCACAGAAGAUUUUAAUUUUAAAUUAUUUGGAAAACGGUUUAUGUACCAGGUGGAAACAGGCCCCAAGUAAAGUGUUGUCUAUUGUCUAUGGCCAAUGAACAACCCUAAAAACUGCCCGCUAGCGCCUAGUUGUGAAAACACUGUGAUAUACAUUUUUUUUCAUUCUUAGCUAGCUUAGUAUCCUUACGAAAAAUAAAUAACUUGGAAGAUAGCUGUUAUUUGGACGGGGGGCGUACUCCAGUUAAUGGCUUAUACGGGGAGGCUUCGCCAUAAAAGGGUACCUUAAGGAGGCGUCAGGCAUAUUAAAGGGUAGAGAAUUGACGAUCUGGCCCCGAUUGACCAAACGUUGGGUAGCGCUAUCCACCUAAAUCACUAUCCAGCGGAUACGUAUUGGGAAAGUAAUUGCACUAUUCACUGGAUAGAGCCUUUGAACACCGAAGCCUGAAGUAUAUGCAUGUAAGGUAAAGAAAAUCGAAUGACGUGCCUUAUGGCUUUACCAUUUAAAUUUAUUGCAAGUUACACUAGCAGCCAAUGGUUACAUAAUAUGAUACAUAAAAUGAUAAGAAGACUCCCUGCUUUAGCUAUUUAUUUCUAUGGUGGGCAGGUACCAUGGGGGUGGGGGUACCAUCUCUGAAUGGAAGGUAUACUACAGAGGUACCUCUUCUGCCAAAACUGGUAGAUUAAAUUAAAAGGGUGUGGGGUUGGAUCUCGGGGUGAAGCCUCCCAGCAGAAAACUGUCAUGCUCAAAAGCGGACUCCCCGAUUAGCUCGCGCUGGUCACUGCUAAAAUUUGACUGAAACUGGAAACCACGUGUGAAAAGUCUCUGGUGCAAAGGGUAACUUCUCACCGGAAUUGAAUUUAUUAACGAAAACAGGUAAGUCAAUAAACGGCUGGGUUUUUAUGGUAUAAAGUGAUAUUGAAGAUAUUUUUCCUUUGAGCAGGAAGGGAGGCUGGGGCAAUCAAGUGAUCCAAAGAACCCGGAGGACCCGAAGGAACAACAUGAGCUGGAAUUCAUGAUCAUUACCCUGGAAUUGCUGCCUCACCAGAAUGGAAAUGCAGAAAAUGGCACUUCAUCGGGCAAUGGUAAAUCGGGUUUCAGUUUCAGUCGAAUUUUAAAUUUGAACAAGUGUCAGUUUUAUUCCUCUGACAGUUUUCGGAGAAAAAGAGGCCACGCGGGCUGAAUCAGUGUCACUGCACGUACAAGCAGAAGCUAUCGAGUCGGUCUGCCGAAUCUCGUACUGAUAUAUUUUUCAAAGCAUAACACAUGUAGUGACAAAAAUUAUGACUCCCUUAAAAUUAUUGUUUUCCUAGUAAGAUAUCGAGGUGUCCAUAUUAAGCGGGUGUCCGUAAGGGAGAUUCGACGGUAUGUCUGUUAAGUUCAUCGAGCCUUCGAGCAUUGGUUUCUCUAGGCCGAAUAACAUGCUACGAAGGGAGAAAAAUCUCUGCGAGCGACCUUCUGUAUCUUUGGUCGAGCCGCCGUCCAGCGCGGUGAGGGUAAAAGGCGGAAUGAGUUUGCGGAAUGGCAUGUGGCAUGGCUUGCGGAAUGACAUAAUUAUGCGGAAUGUAAAAUAUGGAAAUUGGCGCAAAGAAAUAAAUUAAACUGAAAGGCAUGCGCGGGUCAUUGCCGCCCCUUUUUUGGCGCCAAUUUGAGUGAACAACUGCUUUACUGGUUCACGCAUUUAGACAUUUAUCUAAAACAUACCCGAGAAUUAGCUAGCAGCCUCCACACGAAAACAUUGAAGUCCGGUAAAUAUACUGAGGCGUGACCAAAAUAACUUAGUUUCCUCGAUUAACAAGACGAAAUAUCUUCUUUUUCCGUUAUCCUUAGCGAAUUUAAUACCAUUGUUAUAGUCCUUAUUUUUGAGUCGAUAGAAAGUGAAUCCCAGAAUACUUGUGCAUUUGAUUUUUUGCUUCUUCAAAAUACUGUCGGCACCGAAAGUGUUACUCCUUCGAUCAAGAAUUACGUUGCGUUACUACCUUGAUUUCGUGACUGUGAUUUUGACAGCUCCGUCUCUUCAACGUACGUUUUGCCACGUGCAGUCACGGAACAGACUGUCACGCAGAGUCGCCGGCAGGUAAAGUUCAGUGUUUCAAAAUGGCUAAAAUUGACCCAGUUUCACCUUUUUACUCCAUUCUUUGAUUGAAAAAAGCAAUUUUGCAAAGGGAAAACCUACAAGACGUACGAAAAACGAGCCAUUGGGCUGUAAAUAUCUGUUUAUGUGCGUUUCAAAAUUAGUAGUGUUUACACAAUACAGACAAUUUAUACCGCCAGCCUACCAUGAAAAUUCCUGAACUUCGAUGGUGUCUUACAGAGAUUUCCUUCACUUACCCAAGCCAAUUCCCAGGUAUGUUUUAAAUGAAUGUCUAAAUGUGUGAUUUAAAUCGCAAGAAGAGAAUUUGGAGUUAUACCACAUGUUAAAUAUUGGCGGCGAAAAUGAGCAACGAACUGAAAUUUUUGUUAUCCUGAAAACCUAUCCCUCAUUUUUAAAAUUAUUUCAGUACGACCAGCUUCCCUUUGUCCAGAAAAAAUCUUCUAGUGGAAGGAAAAGAAUUUUUCUGUUCGUGGAAAGCGUCCAAAUUUCUCCAUCCAGCUGAUGUUAGCGAAUUUCAGGUUAAAAAUUAAUGCAGUCUGAGACUCCGGCGACAUCGAGAACCGAUCUUCUAUUUUUUCUCCCGAAUAAAAGGCUUUCGGCGGGAACAAUCUACGUUAGGUUUCUCUUUUACCUAAUAGCUAUCUAUGAACAAAAAUGAAAGAAAUUGAUUUUUCAACUCUUGUCACGAAAUUAAGAUUUUGGUCGAUUUUUCUGUUUCGCACGUCUCAAGCUCGCAGCUGAGGAAACAAAAUACAAGAUUCAUUCAUCUCUGAAUAAUAUUAUCAAUUAUGUCACGAUCACGUAACCCACAGUCUCAUAAAGAAACACUUCUCACACGGUUUCGAAUACAAAUAUAGGUAACAAGAAACUGUUGAGUUAAUCGUACAAACAUCUUUUGCAGAAAAAAAUUAAAGUAGAAGGGAGCGUGACCUUCGAAAACAUCUUUUCUUCAAUAGACGAAGAAUCUUUUUGGCUGUGCGGAAAAGGCUGGUCGACAAUGAGCCUUCGUGGUUUUUUUAUUGUCAUCAAAGGUUUAACCUUUGAUGACAAUAAUAAUAAGCCCGCAACAUUAAACAGCGGCUGCGUUUGCAAAUUGAUUGGCGCCAAAAAUGGGUGCUCUUUUCAGUUUAAUUUAUUUCUCUUGAUCAUUCAGCAGCGUAUAUUAAAUUCCGCAUAAUUAUGUCAUUCCGCAAGCCAUGCCACAUGCCAUUCCGCAAACUCAUUCCGCCUUUUACCCUCACCGCGUCCAGCGCCAUGGACGAAUAAAUUAACUUUGAAAAGGUAAAACCUGUUUAAAAACAAGUUAGGGCUCUUGCGCAAUUGCUUUCGCUUAUAACUGCUGCCCAAACGCGAGCCUGCUGUGAAUUACGCUCUUUCAGUCCUCCUACCCACAUAAUUUGUCGACUGUAGGGUAACCCGACUAGAGUUGAAUUCCUAGGGACCAUAUCCAAGUUCAGAAAGAGAAAUAAAACUUCGUCGUUACUUGUCUACGUUCUCCAUAAAACGCAAAGUAUGGCACUUUCACGUCGUAGUCGUGCAAAAUAAAUAUGUCUGCGCAAAAGGCAUAUUUAUUGUUUUUCUUCUUAAACCUAUUGUUUUUUUUUGUUUUUGUUUUUGUUUAUUUUUUGACGUUCUCUUUGCCGUCGCGUACCUGGAUCUUAAAGUCCCUAUGUUUCCUGCGAAUCAAGAGGAAGUGAUGUUAUUUGACGGUUUGACUUAGGCGUCACGUGGACCCGCAUGCUUGAUGGAAAAGCGAACGGACGCUCUCGGCGGUUUCUUUCCAUUCACAGCGUAGCGUCCAGCCCGGAGAAACCACUGCUGGCAGGGAAGUCACGCCUUGGUCACCAUGAAAGCGUUACUGACAUUUGCCACAGACGAAUGCUUAAAAAAAUUCUCGCGGCCCGUCCAUCAGAAAUGUGGCCCUUCUCCAGAUAUUUCAAAAACAAGUAAAAUCGACUCUGGUCUUCUAUCACUAAUCUUCUUCGUUAUUAAGUCACUAAAAUUUUGGUAAAACAUGGCAAAUUUUCACGCCAAUUUGAAUCCACUCAAGAACAUUUGAAUGCUGCCAUGUUGCCUCGUACAUUUCCAAAAGUGGGAAUGCUCUGGACGGUAGAUAUCAUCUCAUCGUAAAUGACGAGAUUUAAAGUUUUAAGCUUUCCCUUUUUCUGUCUCUUAGCUAGAACACACCCUACUAUAAUUACAACAUGACAAAAAUUAAGCAACAAAGAAGGCUAAUGGACUUAAGUUUGGUCCACCUUAUAAUAAAACUACACCUGUAAUAUUUAAUAUCAGCUCAGAGUGUUGUCAAGGAUAUGUUAAACGAGAGCUAAUUAAUGGAAGAGGGUCCAUUAAGCAUAAUCAAUACUUAUAUAGGUUUUUUUUGUCCAUUUAACAGGCCCACGACAAACGCCUCCUUCAAACACAACCAAUCGGGUUUUAGCUACUGCAGCUGCGGGGGUGGCUGCUACUGCUGUAGGUGUACUUGCCGCUCCAGUAGUUGCUGGCACUGCUUUAGGUGCGGUUGGAUUCACUUCCGCUGGAGUAGCUGCUGGUUCUUUCGCAGCAGGUAUACAGUCAGCUGUUUAUGGUGGAUCUGUGGCUGCCGGAAGUCUGUUUGCUCUUUGUCAGAGUGCAGGUGCAACCGGAGUUAUUGGUUCAGUGGCGACAGCUGCCAUUGGUGGUGGUACUGGAUUGACUGGGAUUGCAGCAACUCUAGGGGUUUUUAGAUUGUUUGUAAGGCUCGACUGUUUGCAUAUUUAUUAUUAUUAACGUUCCCGUAGACAGUAGAAUUAGAUUAAAACUAGUAUAGUCAACAACGCGCCACAUUCGAUUCCACUUCGACAGCACUGAAACUGAAAAAAAAAAUCAACAUAAAUCCAAAACAGCAACUAAGGAAAGAGAAAACUUACUUCCUAAUAUGCGGUUUUGCUAAGCACGAAAAGACGACCGUGAACAUUCGUGAACGUCGUGAAAAAUAUUUCUGGAAUGAAUUUUUAUUGGUGCUGUGUCUGAUCACGACAAAAAUCAGGACCCGCGAGAAAACCACAAAACCACGAGGUUGUUUGGCUCACGCUUUAUUAGCUUUCCUCACAACGUGUUUGGGGUUUUUUAAGUGACUAUCUCGCUUAGCGAAAUGUUACCUUGAUUCAAAGUUUUAUAUCAUUUGCGUCAUGUGAGGUACUGGUAACUUCAUCUCCUCAAUUAUCCAACUAUUGGUGACCUUAAUAGCUCAACUGUAGACAUGGGCGUGCUGUUCACGUGAGUUCUUAUUAGAGACCUUAAGAUCGAGGCUUAGCUUUUACACUUAACAGCAACCCGCGGUUAAUGCGGUUAGCGGUUUCACAUUAGCCUUAUAUGCUUAUUGCAAGUAAAUUUUUGGAAUAUCAUUUUUGUCAAAUCGAAAUUACAGCGCUAAAACGAAUAAUUCACGAAUACCGAGAAGCUUGUCAACUGAGGUUUCAUUCAGUUGCUAAAUGAAAAGCAGUUCCUUUGCAUUAGAGAAUAAUGAUAAUGAUGAUGACAAUGAUUCUGAUUUGAUGAUAAUAAAAAAAAUUUCAUAAUUUUUGUUGGUAGUACAAUAAUAAGAAAUUAUAUGGGUGAGGUAUUUGUGAUAUCCGAAAUAAUCAAGGUCGAGGAAAUUAACACUUACGUUAUCGAAUCUUUGAUUAUUCUGUAUAUCACAAAAACCGAAUUUAAUAACUGUUUUAUUAUACUGAUUGAUUAAAAAAGAUAUUGAUCAAACAUCCGUCCAACGGAAUAAAGCUAAUUUGUAGGUUGCGCUGAUUUGCAAAAUUAAAUUGCAGGCUCUUAGCCAAUGAGAAGAUAGAUAGCACAAUGCAUGCCUUGGUAACCGUAUCUUUAUUAUUUCUAAUGCGCAUAUGAACAUAAUUGUAUGGUAUAUGCGCAUUGUAAUUUUAUAUCUAGUGCUAUCAUUAUGAUUCAUGUACCAAAAAAAAAAUCAAUAGGUAUUCCAUGGCAACGAUGUUAUAGAUCAUACACGGUAGACAUUUGUAUUAUGAGUCGAAUGGGUUAACGUAAACAAUGGUUUAUUAAUCUGAUAUACGUAACAAGCAAAUGAAAAUAUAACAUUUUAAAAAUCGAUAAAUUCACAGGGAAGGAGGUCCGACACCAUAAAGUUGAUGAUUUGUGGAGGCGGAGUUGGAGCACAAGUGUUUUCUGGUAUUGCAUGUUCUCAAAAAGACACUGACGUUCGAGUUCUUAGUUUGAAGGAGGAUGAUGCAAAGCGCUGGAAAACUGCACUGCAGCAAAAGCAACUUGAGGUUAUAUUUCGCUGUAAAGGGGAGGAAACCUUUCCUAUUGUAUCCAAACCAGCUCUAGUGACAAAGACAACAAAAGACGUAAUGGGAGAUGCUGAGGUGGUGGUAUUUAUGAUGCAGCCGUCCUGUCUUAAAUAUUAUUUAGAGGCUUUAGCAACUCACGUUAAACCUGGCACCAUUAUAGUUGGCUUACCGGGGAACAGUGAGUUUCACUUUCAAGUUCGUCACGCGCUCGGGAGUAAAGCGCAGCAAUGCACCACCAUGAAUUUUGAGUCAUUACCUUGGACGUGUUGUACUACUGAAUUUGGAGUUAAAUGUGAGGUGACUCGUAUCAUCGACACACUGCCGGGGAAUAUCAAGGUAGGCCUAAUGUCGCUUAACGAGAACUGACUAUUACUUCGUGGAUUAUAUGACAUAAACAUAAUUCUCAAACUCAUUACUUAUUCAUGAAGAUAAAACAAAGGAAAUCACUACCGUAACAGUGGUUUGGAUAUCGGAUCUUAAGUACCAUAAAAUUUUGCAAACUUUAGCUUUGAAUUUCUUCAUGAAUUAUUGAUUUUAUUGAGAAGAUAUAUCAAACACUCCACUCAGUGUUUCAGGCUGAUAUCCAGACACCUCGAAGUCGGGCUUAAAAAACUCGUCUGCCCCUCCUUUCUCAACCCACUUCUCGAUGUCUUGAUGUCGGAUGAAACACUGAGUGUCGUGUCUGGUAUAUUACAUCACGGUCUAACUCAAACUAUACUGUUUUUACGUACUACGUUUUAAGCAUUAUGAGGGCAGCUUGGCCAAGUGGUCAUCGCGUCAAGUUCGUCAUACGGUGAUACUAGGCUCGAGCUAACGUCCAAACACUUAUUGCUAGAUUUGUUUUCUCUCUCGCCUCGAGUCGAAAUUGUCAUUCGUUUUUGUAAACAGCCAACAGCUGAUUGCUUCAUGCCAUUUUGUGUUAUUGAUAUUGGUAAAUGGUUUGAGUGGAGGGCAAUUUGGUCUGAAAUCAUACGCGUGACUUUAAAAUUGGACAAGCGAACAGCGUGAGUUCGAUUUGAAAUCACAAGAGUAUGAUUUCAGACCAAAAUUGCACGUCACGAAACUCAAUCACCACUUUAUCACAGCCAUAUUCAGUCAGUACCAAUAUUUGUUUGACCAAAUAGCCGGUUUCUUUAAAGCGGAACAAAGAGGCUUUUACAUCUCAUUUUGUACCCGAAGCAGAAAUGGUGCAAUGUAGAGCAAAAAUGGUGCGAUUUAAACAGAAAUGACGUCUUUAGAACAUGAAUUACGCGAUUUAGAACAGAGGUGAUUUAGAGCAUAAAAUAGUGUGGUUCGUGAACAAAUCACAUUGCUAAGAGCCAGUCAAAUUGCAAAGAUCACCAGUGAUUUUAAAAGGGAUAUAUUUGGACUAUCUGUUUGGACUAUUUGGACUAUCUGUUUUAAUACGUUCUUUCUUUCAUGUGGAGUCACUAUAAACUAGCUGGGAUUAAGAAAAGCUGACCUCUUUCACUGUUUACAAAGCUUAGCCCUUGACUCAUUCUAUACUUUUUUCACUUAAAAAUAAUCCAAAUUCUCAGAGUGAAUGAUCACAUUUGAAGUAUAUCGUUUGAGUAAGGCGUUUUAAAAAAACUGCUUGAUUGCCCCAGCUUCAUUCACAAGCAAUCAUUGUUUUAAUUUGUUGUUUUAAUGCAGCGAAAGCCAAGAGAGAAUUCCGCCUGAGCGCGUUUUUCAGGCAUUCUAGCGAGUAACGUAGCGCUACAUAACAACAGUUAGAUGUUUGCAAUAGCGACAACCGUCUAUAGUCUUUCUCGUCAAAUAUGCCUAACAUGAGCACGAAAAUAUUCUUACAUGUUAAAUGAAUAAAAAUGAUUAAAAAUAAACUAGGUAUACCUAUCGAUAGAGUGCCAACGAGCAAAUCAUGCGUAUUUUGCAUAGGAAUGGUUCCUUUUUUCCAACAUUUGACAGUUUCUUGGUCCCUUGCUGUUGAAAGGAUUAUUUUCUUGAAACAGAGGUGCUACGCAAGUAUAAAGGUUCGGAGAAGAGUCAGUCCUCAGACUCCUGUGGCUUUACGAACCUGCUAUAUAAAAGUUUGAAGUGUCAUGAGGCAUACUUUUUUGAAAGAAUAAAAUAGCUUGCAGAGAAAGCGAUCGGUAAUAUUUAGAGGGAAAUAUAAAAAAUGAUCGUUUCUCUUACCACUACAAAAUUAGCGUCGGUUCGGUUUCACUAUAUUUGUGCAGUUUAAUCAUUUAAACCUCCUCUGAAAUUUCCCGGGGCUUUUUGUCGAGUUCCCGAUUGAAUUUUAGAAUGAUUCGCUGCGCUGCUUGAAAUGUUUUCGAAGACAUGCGAUGUACGGCACGUCGGUAUUUUGUUUUCACUUAAUACAAACUCGGCCAGGUUUCGAAAAAAAUAGCGUUGUUUUCUUAUCUUUUGUCGUUCGGUUUAGGCUUAUAAUUCUUUUUUAUUCUAAUUUUUCCAUUUACUGGUUAGAUUUUUUCCCCAACAUCUGAUUUUCCAACAGAAGGGACUUUAUUCUUCGUAUCAAGCUUUCCUUAUCUCCUCGUGUAAUCUGAUCCCUUUUAGUGGUGAGAAUUGCUUGUUUCACAUGGAAAACUUUUCUUUCCUUAAACUGUUGUUUUACAAGCUUCUCUUCGUUAAAACCUUACAUUAAUGGCCCCCAAAUUAUACAAUGCAUCAAGUUUUCAUUUUCCUUGACUGCCGGGGCCAGAUUUAGGUGAAUAAACAAUAAAAGCGUACCACAUUCAAGUUCAAUCUUCGCGUGCGACCGAGGAAAAAACACAUGUGCUCCAAGUAUAGUUUAUCGCCUUUUGAUUGGCUGAAACUGUCACACCACUUGGUCUCAGGGGAAUCUACAUUACAUGAGGUUAGGGGCCGACCAUUUAACUCUUGAGGGGGGGCGCGGGGGUGGGUGAUUUCUGGUCAUCAAGAAUUUUUUUUUCUAGCAAUAUGGUGGGCAGGAUAUUUUUUUCCCUUUUUUUCCCUUAAGCUCUUUAUUACAUUUGUGCUGCAUGCAAUUUUUUUCUUCCGACAAGCGCUUGCAGGAAAUUUUUUUUCAAAAUCACCCACCCCCCCCCCCCCCCCCUCAAGAGUUAAAUGGUCGGCCCCUUACACUUUUUGAGGCUCCAUCGAGAAUUUUUCUGCCUACAGCCGAGUCUUGCGUGGCUCUAUUCUGCUGUCGCCUCGCCAUCCGAGCGUCUUCGCUCGGAUGGCUCGUUGGCAAUGAGAAUUAAAAGUUCGAGGGCUUAAACAAAUGAGUUUAGCUCAAACCAGGAUCAUUAAAAACAUUCUUUUAAAUGACUCAGAAAGUCAGUUCAGUUACUGCAGUGUAUGGUGCUAAUUUAAGGAGGCAUAAAGGAAAAAAUAAACAAAACAAAUAUCAACGAAGCACAGCUUUGAGCGGUAACUUCAAGACCCUGACCGAAGACACUUUCAUUUCACUCAUGGUGGACUCGGCAUUAAACCUAGGCCGUAAGUAGAGACUGAUAUACUCUACUGGGGCUAUGUCAUGAUAUUUGCUCUCUUUUUGAAAAAGGCUAAAGCGUGUCUUCGCAUCCAUUGAAAUCGAAAAAAUAAAGGUACAGACGGGCGGUGACUCUUGUUAUUUAAUUGUUUCCUGCCGUCUGUUGCUACUGAUGACAAGGAUGGGUAGGGAUUGAAACUUGAAAGUGCUGGGCCAAAUUUUUCAAGUUUUUAAUGCUGUGCCUGCAAAACUCACCAAAAAUGGUUUUUGCUCUCUGAUGAAAAUUAAAUUGUUUGAGAUCUUCUUCAUAACUAUUCAAUAGCACUUUGUUAUAAAAAUACAGAGUACAAAUAAAACCAUAGCAGAGAGGUGUUCAUUCAUUGAGGUUCAAAAUGUGCAUGAUAUAUAUGUAUUUUUUAUGUUUUACCAGAGAGGAGACGUCAGUCCAAAGAAGGACCCAGUUUCCACCCUGCAGUAUCUUCUGGGACCCCUCCCUAAACUGGCCGUACAGUUCAUCGGCUAAGGCCGUUUAUGCAACCCAAACAGUAUUAUUUGUGAACUUGACAUAGAGUGAUUUAAAAUCUAAAGAAAAAUAAUACCAAAAGUAUAUUACACAUAUAGCUCAAACUUUACGUUUGUAGUUAAAAUAAUAACAAAGGACAAUAAAAUUUAGCCCCGCAGUAAAUUCUUAAUUUUUGAUCGCAUCGCAACAUGAGUUAAAAUUUGCCCAAAUAUUUUGAUCGCAGCUGUAGUGACUUUCUUUAGUGGGAAGCUUGCAAUGAUUAAAAGGAGGCGACACGUGGCAUGACUUUUUGAGGUGAGUUAACAAGUUAAAGUGGCCUCAACGACUUACAACGUAUCGUCACAAAUUUAACUUCGUGUUGCGAUCAAGAUUUAGACGUGCAAUGAAUUUCGUCCAACAGAUAAGUUUUCGUAAAAUGAAGAUAAAGUUUAAUUAGCCAAUGAGAAUGCAGAAUUAUUUAAACAUGCUUUUUAUUCCCAUAGUACAUCUACGUCCCAUAAAAGCAGUAA